AUGAUGGCGUGCACGGAGAUGCUGACGAUGUGCUUGCUCUCUGCCAAGCACGCUUACAGCCCCAAAGCCGCAGAGCCCUCGCCGCGCUUGGGCCAGGGACUCGCGAUCUUCCAUGAUAUUUUUCGACGCGCAGACAAGAAUGAUGAUGGGAAGCUGUCAUUUGAAGAGUUUAAGAAUUGCUGUGCUGACGGUAUCCUGAGCUCUGAAGAACUGUGGGAGUUAUUCAGCAGCAUUGACAGGCAUCAAUCAGACAAUUUGGAGACUGAAAAGUUGUGUGAUUACUUCUCAGGACAUCUUGGAGAAUAUAGGCAAGUUCUGUCUGCUUUGGAACAGCUCAACAUUGCUGUCCUGUCAGCCAUGGAUAAAACCAAAGUGGUAUAUGAGAGCUCCUCUAAGAUGGAGCAGUUUAUGACCCGCUUUCUGCUGCGAGAAACAAUGAACCAGCUGCAGUCCCUGCAUGUAUCACUGGAAUGUGCUGCAGACACCAUUGAAGAACAGGCUGGCCGAGAAAGGACUGAUGUGGACAAAUCAGACGUGUCUGUUGGCCCACGCACUAUGAAAAGAUGUGGCCGUAGGGCUCAGAAGAACAUCUGCUUGUCUCCUACUGAUCCUUAUUCGGGGAUGCUAACCACAGGUGUUUGCGUGGAAGCUGACAGCCAGUGGACAGCUGAGAUGAAUCGGCUACAGCAGCUCAUUGAGAAGCUAGAAUGUCAGAGUCCAAGGCUGGAGCCUUUGAAAGACGACAAGGUCUGCAAAGAAAGAGAUUCUCACAUCCUGGUGGCACAGAGACAGAUCAUAGUGAUGGAGAAUGGAUUAGAGGCGUUUCGCCAAGCUCUCCAGUCCUACACAGAAAUCACAGCCGGACACAGCAGCUGCCUACAUGUGUCUGCCCACAAUUUGACAAGUGAAGCAUGUUUCAUCCUCUAUGAGUUCUGGCAAGAUGUGCCUUCAUGGAGAAGCCAUCUGCAAUCUAAUUGCAGUAAGAAAUUCCAGCGGAUCCUCAUUGACUUAUUGGUGUCACCAGAACUCUUGACCACCAUGUUGUUUCCAGCUUCCUGGUGGAUCAUGAACAACAACUGAUCUCCCCAAGGCAUUUCUACAAAGCAACCAGCAUGCUGAUGGAUGAAGUAUCCUUCAAAGACAGCCUCCCUUCCUGGGUUACCCUUCUCCAUCCCAGCUGCCUCCAUGUCUCUUUCCUCCUCUAUGUUCUUGUGGAAUGCUUUUAUCUUCCUUUCCUCAACAGCUGUAGGAAUGGGAGGGCACUUCUAAAUGCACUCUGCCAUCAUUCCUGAAUAUUUAUACCCCUCUUCUAUUUCAGUAUAGAACUUUCACCCAGAAUGAUGCCAUAGCCUUGCUAGCCGUUCUGGCUAUGAGAACAUUGUGGGUGGAGAUACAAAACCAUCCAUUGGAGUGUGAUGGUAUACAAAGGGAGCAUAAUUCUGAAGAACUGUGAGGCCAAAGUUGUAAUGAAGGACCAAACUCAGAGUUUGUAUGAUGUUAUUGUGCAAACCUCUAGGGAGUGAUUAAAGAGGUGACAAAGUUUUUGAAGGAGUUACAAGUGUUUCCCUGCCUUGUGUCUCAAGUUAUUAUGAAGUGCUUGGGAAAUGUCUACCAAUGAGAGUGAAAAGAGAAAAGAUUAUCACUGCUCUGUAGUCAGGCCUGUCUGUUUUCUGUGAUUCUGCAGAUGUGGAAACCAUAAAUACAGUCAUGCCUCUAGUCUGAGAUACAGAUAUUGUGGCCGCAGCGUCCAAUUUCAUGGCGCUUACAUGGUUUUAAAGGGGAUUAGACAAAUGCAUCGAGGAUAAGUCUAUGAACAGCCAUGAUGGUGAGAGAGAGGCCGUGUCUUCACAUGCAGUAUGCUCGUGAAUUCCAGUUGAUGAUGGGCAAACAGCACCUUCAUGCCAAGCUUGUGAGCUUCCUGGAGGCUUCUGGUUGGACACUGUAGAAAUAGGAUGCUCGACUAGCUGGACUCUGUUCUUAUGCUAAACAACAGCUCCUUCUUUAUGCAAAAUUCGCGUUCCUUGUUAGUGUGACCUUUCUGAGUAUCACUUCCUGUUAAUUUAUUGAUGUGUGUACUAUAACCUCAACAGCACAUUGUUUAUGAACCAGUUUUUUAAAAGGUGAGCCAGCUCCUGGUUUCUAGAGGUGAAAUGUCUGAGAAGCAAAUUCUUUCAGACUGGCCAGAAUUGCCAUCAGAGCCAAGCUGAAUCACUUGGGCACUGGCCAAUGUAUGGAAUCCCAGACCGCUAAUCAACUUACCCUCCUGGUCUCUGAUCUUCAGGAUGGCCAUUAUGUGGUGAAUCUCACCAAUGCAAGCAAGGCAGGAAUACGAUUUAAUUCAUAACUAGCCUUGAAUAUUUGUAAGCAUAUUCUCAAAGGAGCACUGGGGAUUUA